AUGAAUCAAUCUUGUGGAGCCACCAGCAGUGCUCUAAUAACGGGGUUCAGCGCGUUGCAGCUCACGUCUUUGAAUCCGUUUUCCUUUUUGCACACAUUUGAUUUUUUGAAGCUUGGUGGUGGCAGCAGCAGCAGCAGCAACGGCGAAAUCGGCAUUAGUUCAACAGGGUCGAGCUGGCACGAGUAUAUCCCAAAGCCGUUGGCUUCCAGCCACGGCAAUGCUGUAAAUCCGCAGUUUGCUUACUUUGUCGGCUGUGCAGUCGGUAUAUUUUUUGCGCUUUUCAUGGGCUUGAAAUUGCUUAGCCUCUCCAUCACUCGGACGAAAAAGGCUCGAAUAUAUACAAGGACUCCCCCGCUUCAGAUUUACAAAGUUUUCGCCAUUGCAGUUCAAGUUCUGCUAUUGGUGGCAUUGUGGUUUAUAAACUACAUCCAUGUUUUCUUGGUGCUUGCUGCAGCCACGGCAAUUGCAUUGGUCUUGAGCAUGGCUGAAUUUCGAACCUCGCCUAUUCCCGUGGCUUCUUCCUUGCAGUUUUGGAUGGUCUCGACCGCGUACCUUUUGGGCACUUUUAUCCAAGACUCAGUCUCGCAAAAACAUAAAGUAUUUGCCUUGAAUGGCCCAUCGUACAUCUUGGAGAUUGUCUUGUUGGUUAACAAUUUUUCAAUCUUCAUCUUGGAAGUUGCCUAUUAUGAGCCCGGGUUCGAUACCAGCAACGACAGCUACUUGGAAAAGAUCAACUUGUUCUCCUACAUCACUUUUUACUACUUGCAACCAUUGAUUGAUCGCAUAUACAAGACCGAUGACGUCAAGCUUGACGAGUUGCCCGAUAUCUUGGGAGAGUUGUCCUGCGACGAGAGCAAAGCCAAAGUCGCCAAAUACUGGGACGAAGAAGUCGAGGACGCCAAGACUAGAAGGCCCAGUGUUUUCAGGAGACUUUGGACUAGAAUCAGAAGGCAAAGGACAACCAACGAUGCAAAUGGUGGUGAUGAUGACGAUGAUAAAUGUAAGCCAAAUUUGUUUAUGGCCAUUUUCUUUGCAUUUUUGCCUCAGUUUUCCUUGAGCGUCACAUUAAAGAUUAUCGAAACCGCCUUGAACUUUAGCCAGCCGUUUGUCUUGAUGAAGUUUAUCCAGUUCUUCACCAUCUAUUUCUACAGUAGCGAACAGCCUCCAAUUAUUAUCGGAUACUUUUGGGCCGCUUUGAUGUUUGCCAUUUCCUGUGCCAAUUUCAUCACUUUUAACCAAGGCUUCAGCUUGCAGUUUAACAUGGGAUAUGGCAUUCAAAGCUCCUUAACCACGAUUAUCUAUGAAAAAGCGUUGAAGCUUUCUCCUCAGUCAAGAAAAAACAAGCCUACGGGAGACAUUAUCAAUCACAUCACCAUGGACAUUGACAUUAUCUUUUGGUUCUGUUGGAGCUUGGGGGAGUUUAUUGCUGCUCCUUUGAGACUCGUCGUUUGCUUGGCUUCGUUGUACAAGUUGUUUGGCAAUGCAACUUGGGCAGGUGUCUUGACAGCUGCCGUGGUUACACCCCUUGCAACAAAAGUCAACACAUCAAUGUCCAAGUACUAUCUUCAAGAAAUGAAGGAUAAAGACGACAGAACUAGCUUAAUCACGGAAAUCUUAAACUCCGCCAAGAGCAUCAAAUUCUACUCGUGGGAAAAGCCAAUGUUGGCCCGUUUGAGCCACAUUAGAAACGACAGGGAACUAUACAAUAUCAAACAGUGUGGAAUUGUUAGCGCUUUGGCCCAGUUCUUUUGGUCCUGUAUCCCCUUUUUCAUCAGUUGUUCCACCUAUGCUGCAUAUGCUUACUUUUACAGCGCACCCUUGACUCCUGACAUUGUUUUCCCCGCAUUGGCAUUGUUUGAUUUGCUUUCAGAUCCAAUGUUGAUGAUUCCAAGCUUUAUAGUUGAGGUGAUUGAGACUUCGACGUCGUUGGCACGUAUUGGAAGCUUCCUCUGCUUGGACGAGUUGGCCGAUGACCAGCAUGGCCAUGUUAAGAGAGACCCCGAGGCACGCGACAAUGCCAAGGAUUCAGUCAUCAUCAAGAAUGCUACUUUUAUUUGGAAUAACGAGACGAGCAAAGACCCUGAAUAUAAGGAUGAGGAAACCGAAGUGCAAGCUGACAACUCUUCCCAGAACAUUGCAUUGAAAGAUGUCAACUUUACCGCCAAGAAGAGCAAGUUAACCUGUGUUGUGGGUAAAGUCGGCAGUGGCAAAUCUACCUUGAUCAGAGCUAUCUUGGGUGACAUUCCAAUUGACAUUCCAAAAUACUCAGAUAAUGCUGCCGCCGCUUCCAACUCCAACUCUAAGUCACCAAGUGUAGAGACAUUUGGUUCAAUCGCAUAUUGUCCCCAAAACCCAUGGAUCUUGAAUGGUACCGUUAAGGAAAACAUCUUGUUUGGUCACAAGUACGACUCUGAGUUUUACAGAAAGACGAUCACCGCGUGCGAGUUGAUUUCAGACUUUAAGACCUUACCAGACGGCGACAAGACUGUGGUUGGUGAAAAGGGUAUUUCCUUGAGUGGAGGUCAAAAAGCUCGUAUCUCGCUAGCCAGGGCUGUUUACUCGAGAGCUGACAUUUACUUGUUGGACGACGUCUUGUCUGCUGUUGAUGCCCAUGUCGGUAAGGCUUUGAUCAAGCAAGUCUUGUCAGACGACGGAGUCAUUGGCAGCAGGACCAAGGUCUUGGCCACAAACUCGGUGCCUGUUUUGCACGAGGCUAACGACAUUUACCUUUUAGCUGAUGGAAAGAUUGUUGAGCAUGGAGACUAUGAAACCGUCAUGCGCUCCAAUGGAGAAUUAAAGAAAUUGAUCAAGGAAUACGGCAAGAAGAAAGACGAUGAGAAAGCACCAGAAGAAGAAGAAGAAGAAGAUGCCAAGAAGGAAUCUUUGGAAAAUCAAGCACCAGUUGAUCCUGUUGAAGCUUUACACACUGAGGAUUUGGUAGACGAGAUUGUCGACUAUAUGGGCGAAGAAAACCGAGGAAUUGUUGAAACUGCAGUUUUGCGUCGUGCCUCUGUAGUGUCAUUCAACCACUCAUACGACCUCGAUGAAGAGCAAGAAGAAGGAGAACAACUUGAAGGUGGAAAAGCUAGAAAGACUGGUCACGUUGAGGAAACUUCUAGAAAGGGAACAGUUCCUUGGGACAUUUUCAAGCAGUACAUCAUUGCAUGCGACUACAAGUAUUUCUCACUCUACAUUGUUGGUACUUUGCUUACGCUUUUGAUCACUGUUGCUGAAAAGUACUUGUUGAGCUACUGGUCGGAAUUGAAUAGGGAAGCAAACCAAACCGUCAACCCAGUUUUCUAUUUGGGGGUUUACGCCUUGAUGGGAGUUGUUGCUGGUUUAUUCACCUACUUGGCAGCACUCGUGAUUUGGGGAUACUGUAUCGUGAAAGGUUCCGCUUAUUUCCACAACAAGAUGGCGGAGUCCGUCUUGAGAUCUCCAAUGUCCUUUUUCGAUACCACCCCGGUUGGUCGAAUCUUGAAUAGAUUCACCGAGGAUAUCGGUAAGAUUGAUAUGAACUUGCCCUGGAUGUUGAUUGGUUUCGUCACCACUGUGCUCAACGGCUUGGUUACUUUUGGAGUGAUUUUUAUCUCCCUCCCUGCCAUGUUCUUUGUCAUUAUGGGAUUGUUGAUUGUUUACAACUACUUUAGAGUGAGAUUUAUUCCAGCAGCUAGAGAAUUGAAAAGAUUAGAAUCGAUUGCUAAAUCGCCGGUGUUGGCCACCAUCCAGGAAUCCAUCAACGGCGUGGACACGAUCAAGGCUUUUUACCAAAGAGACAGAUUUGUGCACAAGAGCAAAAAACUCAUUGACGACAAGACCCUCAUUGGUGUUGUGAUGCAAAACUGCAACAGAUGGUUAUCGGUGAGGUUGCAGUUUAUCUCGUCGACGAUUAUGUUUUCCACUGCGUUAUUAGCUGUCAUAUCCUUGGGAGGCAAACAUCCAAUCUUGCCCAGUAUUUUGGGUUUCGUCAUGACUUAUUCCUUGACAAUCACGUACAUUUUGAACUCGGUUGUGAGAUAUUGGGCCGACAUGCAAUCUGGCGGUGUUGCCAUUGAGAGGAUUAUCGAGUACUGCAAUUUGCCCUCGGAAGCACCCAUGGUUAUUGAAGACAAGAGGCCAGCGGACUCUUGGCCAGCAAACGGGGUCGUUAAAUUUAAAAACUACAGCACUACUUAUAGAGCACACUUGGAUCCCGUGUUGAAGGAAAUCGAGUUGACAAUCAACCCCAAGGAGAAAGUAGGUAUCGUAGGAAGAACCGGUGCAGGUAAAUCCUCGUUGACUUUGGCCUUGUUUAGAAUCAUUGAAUCGAUUGGCGGGUUUAUUGAGAUUGACGAUAUCAACAUCGGUGAGAUUGGCCUUUAUGAUUUGAGACAUCAUUUGACUAUUAUUCCACAGGAAGCACACACUUUCAGAGCCUCGGUGAGGGAGAAUUUGGAUCCUUUUGGUGAGCAUGAUGAUGCCAAAUUGUGGCAAGUGUUGCAGUUGGCGCAUUUGAAAGAACACGUGGAAAAGAUGGAGAGUGAUCCUACGGACGAAGAGAAGAAAGGGGUCAAGAAUCCCGAUGAAUUACCGAAAAAGCGUGGUUUGGAUGCCCAGAUUGAGGAAGGCGGAUCGAAUUUGUCAGCUGGACAAAAGCAGUUGUUGUGCUUGGCCAGAGCGUUGUUGAACGAGACGAGCAAGAUUUUGGUUCUUGACGAAGCCACUGCUGCCGUGGAUUUCCAAACCGACAAGAUCAUCCAGGAGACCAUCCGGGAACAGUUUAAAGACAAGACCAUCCUCACUAUUGCUCAUAGAAUCGACACGAUCAUGGACAGCGACAAGAUCUUGGUGUUGGACAAGGGCAAAGUUGCCGAGUUCGACUCGCCCCAAACGCUUUUGAAGAACAAGGACAGUAUAUUCUACUCGCUUUCGAAAGAAGGUGGAUACAUUGAUUAG